AUGCCCGUCUCUAGCCCCCCUCUUCCACACACCCAGGCCGACCAGUAUAUCCUGAGCAGGGACCAGGAGUUGAACCUGGCCUACGUGGGAUCUGUACCCCAUGGGGGGAUCCAGCAGGUUCGGAUUCACUGGAUGCUGGAGAUGAUCACAGCACAGUGAGUGUGGGGGAGCCUGCCUCUGGGCUUUGUGAUGGGUUACUGAAUAAAAUAUGACAGAGGUGACCGUUGUAUUCCAUUGUCAUAUUUUGCUUCAAUCUAAUUCCAUGUAUGAUUAAAGACUUUGUAUCAUUUUGUAGCAUUGACAAUGGAGAACCCCACUACAACAACUAAACUGGACCAGCUGAUUUGCCUCUUGUGGAUAAACGGUAGUUAACCCCAUCUCGUCUGGUGAAAUGGUAUGUAUGCUUUAUAAAUAUGGUUCAGAUAGAUUUUUGUUUCUACGUUUGGGUUUGUUGGAGGUUUUGAAUUGAUGGGCAGUGUGAACAACUACUUGACCAACUUUGAGGACAAAAGACAAGUGGUUGAAUGGAAGAACCUGGUGUAUCUCAUCACAAAGAGGCACAUUGGUCAGUAUACUGUGCAGUGAUAGGUGAACACACAAAUACCCCUAUACUCUUAUGGAUCAUAUGAAUGUUACACUCCACUAACACUAUUCAUCCUGAAUUACAGAGAAGUAUGGCUUGGGAAGUGUAUUUUGAAACAUGGAAUGAACCGAACAAUCAUGACUUUGCAACGUUACUGUGUCAAUCCAAGGUAAAGCUGUAAUUGUCUUCCGUUCUGACAGGUGGCGUCACUUUUUGUAAGGAAUGAAAGAAUGCAAAAUAUAACAUAAUCUGAUGAAUAAUAAUUUGUAUGUGGUCUGUUUAGUCUAUUUGGUCUGUAUCUCAGCACCUACGAGAGACUAUUGGUCUGUCUUUCACCUAAAGGGUUCCUGAACUACUAUGAUGCCUGCUCUGAGGGCCUGUGGCCUGCUAGUAGUGCCCUGCGGUUCAGCGGUCCAGAAGACUCCUGCCACUCACCACCACACUCCCCAUACUGCUGGUCCAUGCUGCAGCACUGCUACAACAGGACCAACUUCUUCACUGGGGAGACAGGGGUGCGGCUGGACUACAUCGCCCUGCACAAAAUGGUGGGACUGGGACUAUGUGGUGUGUGUGUGUGUGUGUGACCUGCACACUCUCAUUACUAUCUUUUAACCAUCAUUCUGUCAGACUCUAGUUUCCUAACAAGAGAACAGUGCCUAAUUCUGACAUUUGAAGUUUCCGGAUGAAAACUGGCUUGGGCUUAUGAGACUCAGUUCAAGUUUAGGUUUUGCUGUCUUCCAGGGUGGAGGCUAUUCGUUACCCAUCAUGGAACAGGAGAUCCAGACAGUGAGAGAUCCAGGAGCGUUUCCCUCUCUUCCGAACCCUGCCGGUGUACAACGUUGAAGCCGAUCCAUUGGUGGGCAAUGUAUGACCAUGGUCAGUUUCUAUGGAAUUAACUCCGGUAUUUAUAGCUGAGGUGAAGUUAGUGUUGAUUUGACUCCAUGAUCCUUAGGUGGAUGGACCCCUACCCUUCCCUGCGGAGGGCAUCCUAAUCCUGCGGGCAAAACUCUCUAUGCCCUCUGUCCUCCUCAUACAUGUGUGGCCAGGGCAAACC